GUGUGUGUGUGUGUGUGUGUGUGUGUGUGUGUUUAAAAAGUCUGUAUAAAAUUCUCUGCUGUGGUAUACCAUAGCAAGGGAUGGUUUUCCCGUUUUAACCAAAUGAAGACAUUCACUGCAGCUCUGCUUUCCAUGCAUUGGAUCACACUUAGAUAUUCCUACACUGUGAGUCCCAUAGACUGCAAUGCUACUGAGCCCCUGGCUAGGAAAGCUCUAGACCUGAUCAAUAAAGGAUGUUCGAAUGGCCUCCUUUUUCAGUUGCUGCGGGUCGCUGGUGCCCACUUGGACAGAGCGGAAUCCACAGAUGUCUAUUAUUUAGUCUGAGAUGUGAAAGAAUCUGACUGUACAGUCCAAACCAGGAAACACUGGGAUGUCUGUGAGCCAAAAAUUUCUAGAUAUUCAUCUUAUAUAGUGAUUGGACAGUGGAAGGUAAUAGCUACAACACAUCUGAGUGAAUUUCAGGACCUUAGAGUGAAUGACUUCAACUGUACCACAAGCUCUGUCUUUUCCGCAUUGGCCAAUACUAAAGACAGUCCUGUACUCUUGGAUUUCUUUGAGGAGACUGAGGUCUACAGAAAACAAGCAGAGAAAGUCCUUGAGAUGUACAAAAAGGAGAAUGGUGACUUUGCCUCUUUCAGAGUGGACCAAGUGGAGAGAGUCGGCCAAGGCAUAAGAGGGAGAAGAACCAAUUACUAUAUUGACUUCUCUGUGAGGAACUGCUCCAGUCACCAUUGCAGGCACCAUAAUGAACAUAGAAACAUCAGUGAUGUUCAACCCCAUUUGGACCAUGCCCUCCACUCUGGAGGCCAUGGGCAUUCCUCUUCCCACAAGCCUUCAUUUACACACAGUAGAUCCAGAGAUAACCAUCCCCACAAGUCACAUAAACCUGGAUGCCCAUCUCCUCUGGACGACAAAAAUCACUCAGACAGACCACCACGUCAAGCAGGAGCUCCUUCACGACUACCCUCUUCAAGAUGUCAUCACUUCCAUUUUGGCACCAAUGGCACACAUGCACCUCCUCAUAAUCAUAGUUCCAAUGAGCACCAUUCCCAUGGACAUCAUCCUCAUGAGCAUCAACCUCAUGGACACCAACCCCAUGGACACCAUCCCCAUGGACAGCAUCCUGAUGGCCAUGGUUUUCAUGACCAUGGACCCUGUGACCCACCACUCCAUAGGCAAGGUCCCCAAGAUCACCAUCACCGUGGCCAUAGCUCACCACCUAGGCACUCAGAAGAAAGAGGUCAAGGCAAAGGUCACUUUCCCUUAAAAUGGAGACAAAUUGGGUAUGUUUACCGACUCCCUCCAUUAAAGAAAGGUGAAGUUCUUCCUCUUCCUGAAGCCAAUUUCCCCAGCUUCUCAUUGCCAAACCACAACUAUCCUCUAAAGCCAGAAAAUCAGCCCUUCCCUCAAUCAGCCUCUGAAUUAUGUCCAGGGAUAUUCAAUAGUGAAUUUUCACAAGUUUCAAAGUUUUUUGAAGAGACAUUUCCAAAAAGAAAUCUGAGUUCCUUGAAGAAUGAGUAAUGUUCUGAAUUAGAACCAUAAAUAAAAUGUAA